GGGUGUGCGCCUGCGCGCAGAGGGCUCGGCGUUUUCCAUGAGCUGGGAUUGCAGUUGAGAGUGUGACAGCGAGUGAGAGAAUAAAGUGAAAUGCAGAGUGAAGAGCUAUUCAAAUGCUAUUUUUAUACCUACUCCAGGCAGCUCUCUGUUUAAGACAGGGGUUUGUUCCCAAAGCGGCUUUUCCUCCUGGGAUUCUGUGAGGAACGGUGUGAUGAGACAGAGAUGGAGUAGGGGUAGGAGCAGAGAGAGAGAGAGAGGAGAGAGAAUCCCAAGCAGAUUCCAUGCUGUCACCAAAGAGCCUGAUGUGGGCCUCCAUCCCAUGAACUGUGAGAUCAUGACCUGAACCAAAACCAGGAGUUGAACGCUUAACUGAUUGAGACUCAGCAGGUUCCAGAGGGUAGAUUUACAGCAAGUUCUGCUGCUGUGACUCCACAGUGACUUCUCUGCCAUUCAGUGGGCCGUGACUUGAGUCAUCUCCAAAAGAUCUGGAUCUCAGCCCUAGGAGAAGUAGCUGCCUCUUAUCUCUGCUAUUCUUAUGAAUCGUUGUUCUUGGGAAGAAUCCACUCUGACUCUCUCAGAAUUGCUGGAUCAUAAUUGCUCCAAGGGUGUGUUGAAACUUCUCCACUGGACAUUUGAACUUCUACAAAAGUCAUCUCAUCCAUGGGUCUUGAUUACACACCAGAUGUCUAGUAAACAACUCCAGGCUUCCACAGACCUAUUCAUCAGACCGUUCAGGUGGCACAUGAUUGUGAUUGUGGGAUCAGUCAUUGCAAUCUGUAUCUUGUACAUCAGAGUUUCCUGGCCUAACAGCAUGGUCCCUCUGCCCCCACAGCCCAGCCUCGCCUGCAAGUCCUCUGGCUCUCUCCCCAAGGAGCUCUCGGACCUGACCCAUCUUCUGCACUGGCCUCCCACCCCAGGAGAUGCGGGGGACCUUUUGGCCUCCACCAGUCCCCAGACUUCCACCUACCACCUGAGGGAUCGUUCCCAGGCCAGCUACACCCUGGGAGGCUCCCUAGAGGCCAUCCUUGUCGCCAGAGACCACCAGGGCAGGCCCAAGACCUGUGGUGGAGAUCUGUUUCGGGCACAGCUGCUGGGUCCCCACCUGAAGGCAGGAGUCCCUGGGGAUAUCCAGGAUCUGGAGAAUGGCACCUACCUGUUGUCCUUCCCUCUGCUGUGGGCUGGGCAAGCCCAGGUGCGAGUGCAGCUGAUCCACUCCAGCGAGGCAGUUAGGGUCCUGCGGGGAAUCUGGAGAGACCAAUGGGCCACAGUUGAUUUCAUGGGCUAUUUCCGAGGACCCACAGGAUAUGAAGAAAUUGUGACUUGCAAUGUUAACCCCCUGCUAACUGGGGAGGAAGAGUCUACCUGUCACUACAAGGAUGAAGAUUCUGGUGAGCUCUGGUUCUGUGCUCGACCCCCAACCCUGCCCUGCAACUCACUGGUAGGGCAUUCAAGUGGACAUUACUGGAAUGUGACCACACCACACGAGGAGGCCCUGCUGGCAUGGAACGUGACAGACAAGGUCCUCCCUCAGGGUAUUUCUCCAAUCUGGGUGGCCAAGGAGAGCAACAAGAGUCUGGUUCUGUCCCCUCGACAACCAUGCCACCCUGGGAUCCCAGGCCCAAAGCCCUCUGGCUUCUACCACCAAGAUGUGUGGCACUCACUGUCCUGCUCCGGACGCGCCUUCUCCACUGUUGACAGCAUCCUGGGCUGCCUGGCUGGUCACGUCGUCCACAUGAUGGGGGACUCCACACUUCGGCAGUGGUGGGAGUACCUGCGUGACACUGUGCCCUCCCUGAAGCCUAUGGAUCUACACACCACAUAUCAGACGGGGCCCCUGAUGGCGGUGGAGACCGCUCGGGGCAUAGUGCUGCACUGGCGGGCCCACAGCUGGCCCCUGCGCUCCCUGCACACACCAGUGGCCUCCCUGCACUCUGUGGCCCGGGAACUGGGGGGCCUGGCCAGGGGCCCCCACACAGUGGUGGUGCUGGGCCUGGGCGCCCACUUCACCACCUUUCCCCCAUCUGUCUUUGUGCAACGACUCGCAGGGAUCAGGGCAGCUGUGGCUGCGCUGCUGGCCCGCAAGCCCCGCACUCUCGUGGUCAUCAAGCUGGCCAGUACCGGCUACAAGUCUGUGUAUGGCAGUGACUGGUUCACCCUCCAGGUGAACCGGCUUCUCCGAGCAGCCUUUGCUGACCUCCGUGUGGCCUUUGUGGACGCCUGGGAAAUGACCUCCAGUCUGGCUCUGCCCGACAGGAUCCACCCAGGGCGGCUUAUUGUCCGCAAUGAGGUCAACUUCCUCCUGUCCUUCAUUUGCCCCAUUUGAGCGCUUCUGCGGGUCCUGGGCUGUGUGGAUGGAGGUGCUGGUGUGAGGAUCAAGCCUGGAAGCCCUUCCCCUCAGCUGUCUGUACCUCUUCUCUUAACUUUUAGUUUGUUUGUUUGUUUGUUUGUUUUGGAUGAGGGAAAAAAAGAUUUUUUAUUGUAUUUUAAUUCAAACUUAUUGGGUUCCUGGUGAGUUUUAAAUUUAAAAUACUUUAUUAGCCAAU